AUGGACUGGCUCAAACAGGAAAUUGCCAGCAAGAAGCGCCAGCUCGAAUCGCUCUCCCCCUCGCCCUCGCCUCAUCCGACCGACUCAGCCGCUUCCACCUCGACCGAGCCGCCGAAGAAGUACCUCAAGCGCAGCGAGAUCGAGCGAUUGAGGGAGGAGGAGCAGGCUAGGGAGCGCGAACUGCGCGAGAAGGAGCGCAGGGAGAAGCUGUAUGGAACGGCGUCCUCUGCCAGGGCGGGCGAGAAGCGGGAGGGCAGUGUUGGUGCAGGAGGGACUCCCAAACGCGCACGCUCAACGUCUGCCACGCCCGACCCUGCUUCACUCUCGACGAAACUCCACGUCGCGGCAGGCGAGGCCUUCAAUAUCUCGAACGACGAGGCGAUCCGCCGCUUACGCCAGAAGGGACAGCCCAUCCGCCUCUUCGGCGAGUCCGACAAGGACCGCCGACUGCGGCUGCGAGCGCUCGAGUUGCUGGACGCAGAGCGCGAGGGACCCGUUGGACAGAGGAACGAGUUCCAGCGGGCUUUGGAGAGCAAAGAGAAGGAGGCUGAAUUGGAGGAGGUCGCGCGGCGAGGAGGAGGCGGGACGAAGGUCGAUGCGCUGAAGAAGAAGGCGCGCGAGAACGGAUCGGCGAGCGCGACGCCAGAACCGUCGGCGGCGAAGGACGUCUCGCGGUCGGCGACUCCGGCGCAGGCGGGCUCGGCGGGCGAGGACGUCGAUUCAAGCGCAGACAAGAAGGAGCCGAAUCCGAAGGACGAAGACGUUUUGGUCGACCUGGACCUGGUCCGGACAAACCCGCACAAGGUCUACCCGCAGAUCUACCACGCUCUCAAGCGCGUCUUGAAGGAAUGGGAACAGUCUCUCGCCGACCGACCAGAGUCUGUCAAGCGCUCGGCGCAGGGCAAGAUCGCGGCUGCGACGCAGGCGACUUCGGCGGAGUACCUCAAGCCGCUCUUCAAGAGUUUGCGAAAGCGGCAACUCGAAGCGGACGUCCUCCGCAACAUCGCCGAGAUCACGCACUACAUGCAGACGCGCGAAUACCUCCGCGCAAACGACGCCUACCUUCGACUCAGUAUAGGCAACGCUCCGUGGCCUAUUGGGGUCACCAUGGUUGGUAUCCACGAGCGCUCAGGGCGUGAGAAAAUUUUCAGCAACAACGUCGCGCACGUCCUCAACGACGAGACGUCCAGAAAAUACAUCCAGUCCCUCAAGAGGCUGCUCACGUUCGCGCAGGCUGUCCGGCCGCCCGACGACGUUUCGCAGAAAAUGGGAUGA